CGCCGCCCGCCGCCCAAAACGCGUCGACGCGUCGCCCGGACGUACCGUACGCGCUAAUUUUGUACGCCACAGCUAAUAUACUAACAAAAAAGUGCAGUGAAUCAGUGCAUUAUAUUCACAUUCUAUUGCUCUAUGGCGGGAGGCUUGUACAAAAAAUAAAAACAAUGUUCGCGCUGUUAUGAUAUAGCGACAUCGUGUAUCCUAAACCAAAACCAUUAAAUUCUUAUACCAUGUGUUAGAAACAUCUGUGUCAAAUUGUAUAAAGUGUAAAUAAUCGUAUUUUGAUAUAAUUUAUUCUUACGCUUAGUAGUAAAGACUAGUUUUUGUAUAAAAAAUCGUGAAAUGUGUUUGUUUGUAUAGGGGGUGUUUUUUGUUUAAUUGGGUGUUAAUACUAGUGUAAAAAUGUCGUCGAGGACAGGCCAGCGGGGCACCUCUGUGGCGGCUAGUCAGAGGAAGCACCGGUCUCGUUCCACCUCGAGGUAUGACAUGGAGAAGAAGCCGAAGAAGAAGGAGACCAUGCGGUCGACAGGCACCACCAGUUUGGUGUCUAUUCCCAAUAGCAUCAAACUGACGAUGCUCAACAGUGGCCUCAUUUCUUUUGACCGGGUGACGUUUAAGCCAGAGACGGACGAGAACGGGUCGAUAUCCGAGACUAUCCCCGACCGGCCGGUGGAGAUCAAGAAUUUCCCGAAACUCUGCGAACAGCGGAGGAAAUUUCCAGUUCUCUACAAACUCGAGUUUCAGACGGCUGUCAAAGUGGAGACACACUCGUGUCGGCACGCCACAAAGAAGACCAAUUUACACAAAAACCAAAACCAAAAAGUUAUACCUUAUGAUUACAAUCGAGUGGUGCUAGAUACAGUAGACCGAGAGCCAGACUCAGAUUAUAUUAAUGCUUCCUAUAUAGAUAGUGUAUUAAAACCAAACGCGUACAUAGUGACGCAGGGGCCAACGGAAGACACAGUGGUGUGCUUCUGGCGAAUGAUAUGGCAAGAGCGAGCCGCCGCCAUCGUCAUGCUCACCAAAACCUUCGACUUCAUCAAAGUAAUGUGCGUGCAGUACUGGCCUCCGAACAAAGAAAAAGACGAGACAUACGGAGACAUCAGCGUGGGUAUCGUCCAGGAGGAGGAGCUCGCCAACUUCCACAUACGAACCUUCAGGCUGUACAAAUCUGAAAAAGAUGUGGUGGUGGAAGAACGUUUCAUCCUACAGUUUCACUACACACAGUGGCACUCCCACACGUGUCCAUUCAGCAAUGCCCUACUAGAGUUCCGUAGACGAGUGCGGGCAGUUGUCGGAAGACGGCUGGCUACUAACCCAGCUGCUGGACCCAUGGUAGUUCAUUGCAAUGACGGAGGAGGUCGAUCCGGAGUGUACUUGGCUAUUGAUGCAAAUCUCGAGUUGGCGGAAGAAGAAGACUGUUUUGAUGUUUAUGGAUACUUGAAGAAACUGAGACAAUCCAGAAAAGGCCUUAUAGAAAACGAGGAACAAUACAAAUUCGUGUACGACACGUUGGAAGAGCACGUUGUAUGCGGGGUGUCUUGGUUCCCUGUGUCGGAACUAUCCCAAAGACUGAAGCAGAAGUCCCAGAGAGACCCAGUGUCCAAGCUGAAUGAGUACCAGAAGGAGUACCAGCAGAUCUGCAAGCAGACCCCCAGGUUCACGAUAGGGGACUGCGCUGGGGGACACAGAGGGGACAAUCGAGAGAAGAAUCGGGAUGUACUGGUAGUGCCACCUGACAACUUUCGCCCAUACCUGACUUCUUUCCAAGGAAACAGUUUCACUGACUACAUCAAUGCUGUAUUCGUAGAUGGCUACACCAAGCCUCGUGAGUACAUUGUGACAGAAUGGCCGCUAAUAAUGACUCAAGGAGAAUUCUGGUCUUUAGUAUAUGACUACGAGUGCGCUGCUGUUGUCGUGCUUUGUGUUCCUCCUAAGAACUCUCAACAAUUUCCUCCUUUCUGGCCUGAAGGACGCCACUCCAAGAAGUACGGCCCGGUGUUCACGAUUGACCAUGUCUCACACAACCAUUACACUAAUAUCAAGACUUGGAUAUUCAGAAUCAACAAAAAAAUCGUGUCUCUCACGGAGCUGAUGGCUGGCGUCAAGGCUCCUCCGAAGACGGUUCAGCUAUUCCAACUGACCUGCUGGCCCAUGGGCCACAAGGUUCCAUCAUCAACCAACUCGCUGGUGGAACUCAUGAACAUGGUGGAAAGAUGGCGACAGCGCACCGACUACGGACCAGUUUGUGUUGUUUCUCCAGAUGGCCGCAGCCGAGCCGGGGUCUAUUGUGCUGCUAAUGCUUGUAUCGAACAAGUCAUUAAGCACGGAGAAGUUGACGUCUUCCAAGCCGUGAAGACCGUCCGUCGCCACCGACCACAACUUGUUGAAAACAUGACUGAAUACAAGUACUGCUACGACCUCGUGCUCCACUACGUGCUGCAUUACUUAAAUAAAGACAUGAACGAAAAGAAGUGAGAGUGCGAACUUAAGGACGAACUCUGGUUCAUAGAAUUUGGGCGCGGGGCCGCUCUGCCCACCACGCCAGAAGAGACCAGCCCUUCUGCGACUCGCGCGCCGCGUCCGACUCGGCCGGCCCGUCCUCGGCGGGGGCUGUCGCUGGACCGGCUGCUGCCCAUAGCGCGCCCGCCGAUACCGCAUGCUGCCACUGUUGAAGCUCAGCCGCGUCGCCCGCGCCGCGAUCGUCCUCCACUACGCCGCUCCAUCCGCCUCGAAGACGACGAUGCCGCCGCUGAAGAAAGACGUCGCGUGUUCCACCAUGGGCCACGCGCGCCUUCCUUUGACGAGGGAGACGCUAGUGAUGAGCAUGAAGAGUGUGACUGCGUACGGACGUCCUUAGAACGCUCUGGACCAUCUGCAGACACGCCCGACGAGGACGAAUACGAACCGGAGUUCGCCAUCUCACCACCCACCGCCGAGCCUACACCGUCGCCACGGACACUACGGGGCGUCUCUUCUGAUCGAGUUUUAGCCGAUCGCCACGAUGGACCGUGUGUCCCACGCGGACCGGCUCGAGCACACUCUCAAUGUGUAUUCGAACGACGCUUGCCAAAGAUUUAUAAAUUUGGUCUGAUGGACAAGUCCAAGCGAGCGAGUUCAAGUGCACUAUAUGAAAAUAUUGACCGUUCACCGACUGAAGCUUUCUACAACGCGACUGGGUCGACUCGACUCAGUUCACAAGAGUUAUUUGAAAAAUUUUGUUCAGAGGAAUUUACGUCACUGUAUGGACGUGAAAAUUAUCGUAGACGGCGACCGCCACAUUCCAAGUCAACUGGGAGCAGUGGAUCUGAUGUUCGACAUGAAAGAACAUGUUGUCGCCGGCCUCCCUGUGGUUCUCAACCGGCGUUGACUCGACGCCACGUGUGUCAAGUACCCCGCUCUGACCGCUCCACGGACUCUGAUGAGACGUCACCACGUCGGAAUGCUCCCCAACUAUUUCCUCUCGACUCUAAUGCCGCACAUAGCUCUGACUGCUCACGAUCCGCGCCAUUACUUAGCCCUGAUCGAUUUGAAGCUCGUUUUACUUUUGAUAUUUCUGAGCGCAGUGAAGUAACCUCUAAUCGAGACGACACACCAUCUGACGCAACAGAAACUCGCAAUUUGACUCUUUACGAGGAGCCACAUUCAGAUCGAACUAGUCUUUGUGAGUUGUAUGAUGCCGCAUUCACAUCACAUCGGCCAUCUUUUAGGCGUGAUGGAUCUCGGCGUCGUGGUGGAAAUAUUGACUUAAGCACAUUAGACUUCCGUGCAAUAGAUGAUGAGAGUCCUCACACUAGUCGUCGCGCUUCCCAGCGCAGUGCAGAUGAAACAUUACGCCAAAACUCUGAGUCACGUAGCUGGGCUUCUGACUCUGUAUUUGCUACCCCUGAGCGGCGACUGCGUGAAAUGUCAUCACCUUCGUCCGUAGAUACCAAACGAUCAGCAGCCAACGCAGAAGAGUCCCGCGCCGAAUCCGCAGCAGCUGAUUCCACACUCGCAGAUACUACAGUGGUUGAAGAAGAAGCGCCCAGUGUUAUAGAACGCUCUGAAUACGCACUGGCACUUAGCCUGGGACGUAUCGAUCUCGAUGAUGACAUUAUAUCGGAUAGAGCGUUGUCAACACCUAUUGCUGACGGAGCGAAGCUCUCCAGCCGUCCUUCGAUGCACAAGUUAGAGCCGAUCGAACCGGAGCGGUUGUGUGGAGGUGCAAGUAGAGGUGUUGGAAGUGAAGGUGACGCUAGCAGCGUUCGUUCUGGUGCAUCUGGGCGACGACGGCGCGGUGCUUCAGAGCCGCCUCGACGCUCUGCCCGCUGCUUCCCGCUCUGACUGCGGACGGCGGCGCCGGCCCCCCGCCGCGCCGCAGCCGCCGCCGCGCCCUCCCGUGCCUUCCUGCCAGCCGCGUGCCGUCUUCGCCUCCUCGCCGUCUCGCGUCCGCGCCGCUUCAAUCGCCGUGUGGUUCCCAUUAGAUCUCGCGUAGCGCUCUCUACGUAACUUCCUGUCUAUGAUGAUAGCCAUAAAUUAAAACCAGCAGUCGUUGAAAAUUAUAUAUAUGUACUUCUAUAAAAUAGAAUUAGGUGCAGACUUUAUUAUCACAUAGGAAUUGUAAAUAGUGUAACCUAAAUUAAAACAUCUGAAUUUAUUAUUCGAUGGUCUGUAAGAUAAAUUAAACUUUCUGAAAAAAAAAAUUGCGUAGCAUUAUUCUCGUGUGGCUACGCCGUAGGAGUUAACAACUAUAUUGUUAUAGUAGAACCGCCUAAAUGAGUCCUCGCCCGCGGAGUACAAGGGGCGCGGGGGUACGACGACAAAGGGGACCGAGAGAGGUGCGGGCGGCGGGCGCAUUCUUGUAAAAAAUCAGUUCGCUCGCUACGCGGUUAGCGAUCACACGUGUUGACAGUUGCGGACGCCUUGUGAAAGUUAUACAUGAGAUUACAUUCUCAAGAUGAGUCGAAAUGUUUUCGGACAUAGAAUUAAUAGUCAGUGCAAACAAAUGGCGUUUAACGUAUAUGAAUAUUUUAGAAAAAAGAAACUCGACCCAAAUUCUGAUGAAUAUAAACAAGAUAUACCUUUAAAUAAAACUGUAGCAGAAGUUACUGGAUUAUCAGAAAAGACUGUAUCUAGAAUUGUACAACAAGGGAAAGCAUUAAAUGACAACGAGAGAUUUAAAUCACCAAGAAAACCAAAACAGGUUCGUAGAAAAAGAGUGGAAAUAGACGAUUUCACAAAAGGAGUGGUAAGAAGAAAAGUCACUCAGUUUUACACAAUUUUCAAAAAAAUACCUACUCUGAAAACUUUGAACGCUGUACUUAGAGAAGAGAAUAUAUUACACUGCGGCAGGGAAUAUUUAAGGCUAUUAUUACAUGAUCUAGGUUUUAAAUUUAAGAAAUGCGGAUCUAAAAGGAAACUCCUUAUCGAACAGCCAAAUAUCACAUCGUGGAGGUGGAAAUACCUAAAUACUAUUAAAAAAUAUCGUAGAGAAAGAAGACAUAUUUUAUACCUUGACGAAACUUAUGUAAACGCGUCUCAUAACGUUUCAAAAUGUUGGCAAUCAAAGGAUGAACUUGGCGUUCUAUCUCAUAUUGGUAAAGGGGACCGUUUGAUCAUCGUACAUUGUGGAGGUCAAAUUGGAUUUGUAGACGGAGCCCUUGUGAUAUUCAAAUCCAAAUGUAAAACAGGUGAUUAUCACGAUUCUAUGAAUUUCGCAAAUUUCAGUAAAUGGAUAAAUGAAAAGCUCAUGCCUAAUAUACCGCAAAAUUCUGUCAUAGUAAUGGACAACGCAGCUUAUCAUUCGGUUCGAGAAGAGAAAAAGCCAACUAUGGCUUCUACCAAGCCAACUAUGCAAGAAUGGCUACGACGACAUAACGUGCCUUUUGAUGAAAAACUUAGAAAAGAUGACUUAUAUAAAUUAAUUAAAAGCCAUUUCACAGAAGAUAUUUACAAAAUUGACGAGGUAUUGAAAAGAAACGGACACGAAGUAUUGCGUUUGCCUCCAUAUCACCCAGACCUGAACCCCAUUGAGUUGGUCUGGGGUGAUAUCAAAGGACAAUUAGCACAAAAAAGUAUCGACUCUAAUUUGGACCAGAAAAAAGAAAUAUUAGAGAGAUUAUUUGCUGAAUAUCCCAAAGAGAAAUGGGAGAAUUGUGUUAAACACGUGAUUAAAAUCGAAGACGAAUAUUGCAAACAUGAUGGAGCACUAGAUGAAGUUGUUGAUUUUAUUAUUAAUGUGCAAGACGAUUCUGAUGAUUCUGAUGAUGGCUGUUUCGAAAGUGAAGAAUCAAGUUCCAGUGAUACUGAUAUUAUGGACAUAAGUGAUUGAUUUAUAAUUUUGAUAAAUUUUGCAUAAAUAAAUAUUACAUACAUAACUUUAUUACCUUUUUUUUACCUACAUAUCAUACCUAUAUAUCAUAAAAUCACAUUUUUAUCGAAUUGUUUUGUAUGAAAAAUAAAAAUUUGAAAAUAACAAUAAUCGAAAAAUGCUUAUGCUAUUUAAUUCAUGUACGUGGUCUCGUUGAUACCAUGGAGAUAUGGGAUAACAAAAGGAACACGUUGUAUAGUUUACAGUUGUUUCAUUCAAAUUUUGUAUAGCCAUUAUUAAUUUUUUAAUAAAAAUCUUCACCUGUUUGCCGCUAACCACUAUGACUUCACAUAUCUCAAGAAAUGUCCAGUAACAUUUCGCCUCUUGUAUUACACGCUACGCUCGACCGCCGCCCGCACCUCUUUCGUUCCCCUUCGUCGUCGUACCCCCGCGCCCCUUGUACUCCGCGGGCGAGGACUCAUUUAGGCGGUUAUACUAUAGAGUCGUACUAUUUAUGUAGGUACCACGCGUUUCUUAAGCGACUAAGUAGUCUUCGCCCGUUCACCUUACUGUGACUGCCAAAUUUUCUAAAGAGGUAAAUAUACUUAUAGUGUCUAGUAUAAGGCCGACUGUUCGGCAUUAGAUAGGCAGUGCCUAGACUAAUCGCUACGAGCGUAGAGCGUAGAUUCUAAAUCUCGUAGAUAGAAAUUUGAUCUCGAGUCCGCCGCAGGCGCUCGGUCGCAGUCCAUGACUGACACAGGGUCACCUUUAGUCAAUAAAUUGGUUCCACGUUAGCCUUGGCAUGUAUGAUGUGUAUAGGCGUCAAUGUGGAACGAAAUCGCAAAGACCUACGCGAUGUAUGAAGCCUUAUGUAGAAAACCUAUACUGCAAUGGGUGAGACAUUUUUGAAAGUUUCAAAAAACUUCAUUAAAAUAUUUUUAUCAAUUGCGCGUCAAUAUAACCUAAACCUUACUUAUAUGUCUCUACGUAAAAGGAAUAAGUACUUUUUUGAAAAAAAAACAUUAGAACAAACAUAAUUUGUUACCCAUUACAGAGUAGGUGUAGACAUUAGGCGUUAGUAUAUAACUAGUUAGUAUAUAAAAUAAAAACAAAUUGAUUUUGGGAGUGUUAUGUGAUUUUUAUGCUGAAAAGCAGUAGCUAAACCUUUUCUUUAUGGGGUUGAUUACUCCAUUUUUGCAGACUGAGCCUGACAUUGGAAAUAUUCCUGAACAUCUUCCAAAAUUGUAACUAAGUUUUACUUUUAACAUUUUGAUGUGCUGGUUCUUGGUGUUAGUAUUUGUAGAUUAUUCCAAUAUGUUAUACUGUGCUUGACAUUUUGUGAGGAGCUGUAAACGUGAUGCCAAACUUGUCUGAGGGGAAUUCCCGUGCGACUUUUAAUUCUACUUCGAUUUGUCUCUCGGGAUAAAUAACUCGGCCGAGACACGUCUACAACUAUCCUCAUCUUAAAAAAUAUUAUUAUAGCUUGUAUUUUUCUGUAGUUAUUUUACACAAGUACCUAACAUAGCUGUGUAAAGUAACUAGAGUACGCGCCACAAACGAAG